AUGUGGCAGCAGGACCUCCAAUGGUUCGUAUCGCUCGAGCAGCACAGCGGACCAAGAUGGCGGCAGAAAGAAUGCUACAGGCAGGGGGCUAUUGUGGAAGAGGAGCUCGGAAAGCAUGUAGCCUUUGGAGCUAGAGUGACAGCCGAUGUAGUUGGUGACGCAAAGAAUGUGGUGUUGGAACCCCCAGCAUGGCUUGGGCCAGCUACGUCUGCUGCUCUCGCUACUUCUCUAGAGGCAGCUCUUGCCCCAGCAAACGAUCAAUUGGACAAUAUCGAAAGUCGGUUGGGCAAUAUUGAAGCUAGACAGAACAAUGCCGUUGCCAAUGAGUACGCUGAUACUUUGAAGCCACUUUUGAAUGCUGAUGGAGGUAUCUAUUCGAUUUUCGAUUCAAUACCAUCAUACUUCCCUAUUACUUCAAGGUGUGGAAACUUGUUGAAAUCAAGACACAUGCUUCCUUUACAGAACUCCGUGGAUUGA